GACGCGAAUGUUUGUGCUUGCAGUACGUGUUCUUUCGUCUGCUUCCAUUAUCAAACUUUAUUCGAACUCGAACUUGUUCGCAAACUGUAAACAUUUUCUUGUCGUUUAAUUAGACGAGAAAUCAAUUUCACUCGCCGAAGCAAGCUUCAGAUUGAAAACGUCCGUUUUAUUCGUAUUUAAUUUAAUUGAAAGUGACUUUGUUGAGUGAUUAUUCAUUAAGUGUGUUUUAACUUGGGAUUUUUAUGGAUUAAAGACUAACAGUGCUGGAGUUUUACAGGAUAAUUCUUUGAAAGAAACUCGAUCGAUCAAAAAAGGAAUCGAACCCUGUAAUGCGAAAGUGACGAUAUCAAAAUGAUUCGAGACCCACCUGCCAUGCAUAAACCCGACAAUACAAACGGUCAACAAGAUGAAAAUAAGUACAGUCAGAGCAACAACGUGGCGAGUUCUACGGGAGGAGCGAGGCUUUGCGCGCAAUGCGGGAAGGUCAUCACUGAGAGAUUCCUCCUCAAAGCGAUGGAAAGAUUCUGGCAUGAGGAUUGUUUGAAGUGCGGGUGCUGCGAUUGCCGCCUCGGGGAAGUCGGCUCCAAAUUAUAUUACAAGGCAGACCUGAUGCUCUGCAAAAGGGAUUAUCUUAGGCUAUUCGGUGCCACCGGCAAUUGUGUGGCGUGCAAUAAAGUUAUCCCAGCCUUCGAAAUGGUGAUGCGAGCAAAGAGUUUCGUCUACCAUUUAGAAUGUUUCGCAUGUCAACAGUGUAAUCACAGAUUCUGCGUAGGUGACAGAUUCUACCUUUGCGACAAUAAAAUACUCUGCGAAUAUGACUAUGAAGAGAGGCUGGUGUUUGCAAGUAUGGCGGCUAAUCCCAGUGGACUGGCGCACAUCAGGCGACAAGUCAGUGGCUUACAGUCUCCAAGUGGGGGUUACAUUGGUAGUGUGAGCGGCUGUGGCAGUAGUGCAGCAGCAGGAAACGCUCUUGUCGAUAAGGACGGAGGUGGAUGCGCUGGCGCAGAUGACGCAUCCAGUGGAUACGGUAGCCCACCAGACCCUGACGUGUGUGAUGCCGCACGAUGACCGAUGAUACCACGCCGACUCCUCGCCUCGGUAAAACCCCACUGAUUGUUGGCGAGGGAGAGGUCUGCAAGCCAUACCCACCGAGGCCUACAUCCGCCAGCAAAACGCAUUUUAAAAUCAACAAAAUAAAUAGCAAACACUAACCUUACGUGUCACCUCUUAAAACCAAUCCAUCAGUGAUUCCAGAAAAAGUCAACAAUAGGAUAGACUGCCCAACAUUGUUUUGAUUUUACGUUAUAUUCGCUACAAUAUUGCGGCGACGAAUAUUGUGAAAUCUCAGAUAUUUAAUAAUCAAAGGACGGUACAGUACAGUCACAAAUAAGUCGAGUUCACGGUCAGAUGUUCGAUAGUAAACCGGCUAAGUGCAGAAUUACAUCGCGACUUCUCGAACAUGGACGUGUUAAAAGCGGCGCUCGAAACUACACAGGUUGGGGACCCGUGGAUAUGUGGGCACUUUACAAAGUGUCCGGGAUGAGUCGCGAUAACGUUAUUAGAACACGAUAUUUCCAUUAUGUAUACGAUUUGAGCACUUGUUUACAUGUUAAGAUAGCAGCGGCGCGUGGGUAGAGCGCGCGCUCUCGCUUCACAUAAUAAACCACGACUUGCGCUUAGCCAAUUUUUAUAAAUGCUGUUCAAUAAAUAAAUAUUGUUUAAUUUUUUAAUUCUGUAAAGAAAGUUUUUUUUUUUCAUUGAUAUAAUAUACAUAGUAAGAACUACACCUAAACCUUUUUUGUCGUAAUAUAAAUCCAUUGAAUACGUAUUCUUGUAAAAAAUAAAUGUUUAAUAAAAUUUGAAAAACCUACUAUAAUUUCUAUAAAUAAACAACGAUUCAGGUCCAGUCUCUAAAAGCUAAAGUCUAGCUGUAUAUUAACGAUCUCAUUGUUAUGAAAUUGUGCGUAUCUACGAACAUAUGUAGGUAUGUAGUGAAAUUAAUUGUUAUCAUACAAGGUAUGAAGUUUUAUUAAUGCUGAUUCUUUGUCAUUUCGCUUAUUCAUUGGUUAAGUAUUAAAAUGUUAUUUUUUGUUUACCAAAGAUAGUUUUCCGUUAAAUGAUAUUAUUUACGAUGUCCGCUUGAUAAGUUGCUGAUAAUAAUUACGGUUUGUACUAUUAGUGGUAAUAUGUUUAGACAGUUUAGGUAUUUAGUACUCAGAAUGGUGCAAUGGUAAAUUUUACUAAUUUCGGCAUCGAUUUUUUUUAAAAAAUAAUUAAGCUUCACAAUACUAUUAAUUUGUAAACGUAUUUCGAAUUGUUAAUAUGAUAAAGUUGAUGGCUACACUGACACUUUAAUUUCUACGAGAUUUCACUGAUUAAUUCUAAUUAAAUUAUUAAGCUAAUUACUUAUGUAAAAUAAAUAUUUUUACGAUAAAAGAUGUAUUAACGGAAAGAUUUUAAGCUGUCAUUCGGUAUCUACGUCGGCGCGUGUAGUAAGCGGAGAAAUAUUUUUCCUAAAAUCAAGAUAAUUCCAAGUAAAAAGAUUAUAUCAAAAACGACAGAAUAAAUUAAAAUUUCAUUUCGCGGUUAAUAUUGUAAAUAAAUAUAUUUAUUUAAUGAUUA